AUGUCACGACGAAAACAGCUGAAACCGCAGCCAGUUAAAGAUGAUGCACAUUCCGCAACCGACGUGGUCAUUGGAGACGAGAAGCGAGAGAAGAAACGACGUCUAUUGAAUGACGUGAAAUCGGAGCCAUCAUCAAACGAUGACGAGAUGAAAUCGAUGUCGACUAAUGGUGAUCUGAAGUUGGAUUGCCAAUUUUGUGGCACAUCGUAUGAAUCGAUAUCCGAUCUACAAACACAUACCAUACGUGAACAUGUGCCGAUGCCGAUACCGUCACUGGAAUGUCAGCACUGUUUUGCUGUGUUACCGUCGUUUGCAGCGUUUGUCAUUCAUAUGCGAGGACAUCUGAGUGAUCGUGAAGACACACGAUGCUCACGAUGUCCGCUUACCUUCAGUGACACACAGGAAUUCCAGGAACAUGUUAUGAGCCACUCAAACGAGUUAGUGUCACUUGCAUGUGGACCAUGUCGUAUCAAUUUCGAGUCUCAUGAGCUCCUUGCUAUGCAUGUACAGCUUAUCCAUGACAAAGAGCAAUCAUCGGACAAGACAAACAACUCAACACCAACAGUGGAACGAAACACUACUGCACUGAACAAUUACAACUAUAGCGCAAAAGAAGGACGUAUUCUGCACUGUUCCGUGUGUGAUGAAAAAUGUUACGGUGAAGAUGCAUUGGACGAACAUCGGCUGUUCAGUCAUUGCAAAGUGAUGGUGAAUCGCUAUCAACUCAACGUUCAUCUAAUGGAACACGACGAUCGUCGAUGUUGUCCACAUUGUCUUCGACCGUUCGCACUCGCUCAACACCUAUUGACACAUGUCGUUGAAGAACACAAUGAGGAGCAACCACUUCAUUGCUGCACCAUGUGUGAUGAGAGCUUUCGUUUUUCAAUACAGCUCGAAAACCAUAUGCUGAAACACGUUUCCGAGCCCAAAACAAGCACAAAAUCUGACGACACACCGCCACCAUCUGAGUCUUUUACUUGUCAGCAAUGCACGAUGGUACGUAAUAUCGGUAGACGUUUCGGUCAUUAA